AGGCGACCCUCCUUCGACUCUCUCUCUCUCCCCUUCAAGUACGCGACGCGCGCUCGCAAUUCAACUUCGUAACGAUCCGAGCUUCCGCUUCUCCGAUUUGCGCGCCGGCGUCUCGUCCUCUCUCGCGGCUUGCGGCUCGUGAUCUGCUGGGGUCGAACGAUGUCCUACGCCUACCUCUUCAAGUACAUCAUCAUCGGCGACACCGGCGUGGGGAAAUCAUGUCUUCUUCUCCAGUUCACCGACAAACGUUUCCAGCCCGUGCAUGAUUUGACAAUUGGGGUUGAAUUUGGGGCGAGGAUGAUCACUAUUGACAACAAACCGAUUAAGCUGCAGAUCUGGGAUACGGCAGGACAAGAAUCCUUCAGAUCUAUCACACGAUCAUACUACAGGGGGGCUGCCGGUGCAUUGCUAGUCUAUGACAUCACAAGGCGAGAGACUUUCAAUCACUUGGCUAGUUGGUUGGAGGACGCAAGGCAGCAUGCAAAUGCCAAUAUGACGAUUAUGCUUAUUGGUAACAAGUGUGAUCUUGCUCACAGAAGAGCUGUAAGCACAGAGGAAGGUGAACAGUUUGCCAAAGAGCAUGGAUUGAUUUUCAUGGAAGCCUCUGCCAAAACUGCUCAAAAUGUGGAAGAGGCAUUUAUCAAGACAGCCUCGACAAUCUACAAGAAAAUCCAGGAUGGUGUUUUGGAUGUCUUAAAUGAGUCUUACGGAAUAAAAGUUGGAUACGGCGGAAUCCAAGGACCUUCAGGCAGCGGAGAUGGUCCACCUCAAAGCGGAGGUUGUUGCAGUUAGAUGUGACAAUCCGAUGUGCGCAUCAUUGCCUUCUUUUAAUUUCAAUCUCUUAUCUCGAAGUACCUUGAGAUCAUCUGUCAUCUGAGAACAUAACUUGUAAAGUUGUUCUGGCUCAUUUUCUAAUGUUAAGUGCAAGAUAGUUGAAUUAUAGAUGAUAAACUCUUCAUCCAUUGUCCGUUCUGUUGUAAAUGGACCUUCUUUUUUAUAUCACAUAUUAUCUUUUGAGUUUAUUGCACUUAGUUCGAAUGGA